AAGCCGCUUCCUGGUUCUCAGAAAGAAGGAGCCUGGAGUUGGAGUGGACCAGCGGAGGCAGCACACACACAGGGGGGGAAGCACCGCGGAGAGCCGGAGGUCUGCAGGGAAGACCCGCAACACGACAAACGCUGACCCACGAAAUAUUAAAAACCUCCCAGGUGUCGAGCUGAGGACGACAAGAGCGGUUCCCCCCGGUAGAAAAGAAAAGAGCCGGGAGGAUAAAAAAGAAUAAGUAGAAGAAGUCGGCAGGGUGGGACGGGAUAAUCCAGGAAGUGUGGAGGCCGGUCAGGUGGGAGGCGACAAGUCUGAACAGGUGACACACCGGCACUCAGGUGUAUGACCUCUGCUGACCUCCAAGCAAAGGACCAAAGGGAAGGGGGAAGAGCAAGAGGCCGAAGACAGCAGGCACCCAUCUUCUCCUGGGUUUAUGGACCGGAGGUGGCGAUGUCUCCAGGAGAGGACGGCUUGAUUGGGAUCCCCUUCCCGGAGCACAGCAACGAGCUCCUGUCCCACCUCAAUGACCAGAGGAGGACAGGACUCCUGUGUGACCUCACCCUGACGUCCCGCGGGGCACGCUACCCAACUCAUCGCUCUGUCAUGGCCGCCGUCAGUCUCUACUUCCGCCGGCUGUUCGGGGGAGAGGAGGGAGGCGGUGAGGGCGGAGGUGGUUUCAGUGUGUGUCAGCUGGACUGCGUGGCCCCCGACGCCCUGGACGCCCUGCUGGAGUUCGCCUACACCGCCACGCUGACCAUCCCCGGCUCUGGGAUGAGAGACGUGCUGCGAGGGGCUCAGCUUCUGGGCAUCCAGUGUGUGGCUGAUGCCUGCAGAGACAUCCUGGGGGAGAAGGCAGAGGGGGAGCCGGAGGAAGAGCCGAGAGCCCAACACACAGCCACAGAGAGGAUUGCAGUGGGGGGCAUCGGAGUGGAAAGAGGGUCCCGAAGAAAAACGGACAGAAAGAAGAUGAAAAGAAUUGGGUCGAAUCACAUCAACUCGUCGUUUCUGAACCCACCCCCUGCUUCUCCCGUCUCACACCCUUCGCCUGCAUCCGACAGCUUCCGCUCCCUGCCGUCGACCGGGCCUCCUAGCCCCGAACACAGGCAGAAUGGAGAUCCAAGGGCCAUCAGAAGGCCAGGCAGAGGGCCCGCAAUAAAUGGAGGACCCCCUCCCUGGCUGCAUGAGCGCCCCCAUAUAGCCAACCAACCUCCUGUCCCGCCUUUGAGUGACAAGCUGUCAGAGGAGGAGGACAUGGAGAGUUUUGGCGAUGAUGGUAAGCUGAUGGAGAGCACCUCAGUACCUACCUCUAUAGCUGAUCAAGGAGCAGGGGCGACGGCAGGGGGAGCAGGGAGGAAGAGGAAGUCUCAAACGCCUCAGCAGUGUCCCGUCUGUCAGAAGAUCAUCCAUGGAGCAGGAAAACUGCCCCGACACAUGAGGACACACACCGGGGAGAAGCCCUUCCAGUGCUCGGCCUGUGGAGUCCGUUUCACACGGAAUGAUAAGUUGAAGAUCCACAUGAGGAAACACACAGGUGAGCGUCCUUACCCCUGCCCGCACUGCCCCGCCCGGUUUCUCCACUCAUACGACCUCAAAAACCACCUGUCCCUCCACAGCGGGGCGAGACCCUUCGAGUGCCCGCUUUGCCACAAGGCCUUCGCCCGAGAGGAUCAUCUCCAGCGUCACCGCAAGGGCCACAGCUGCCUGGAGCUGCGCACACGCCGACCCAGACGAGGGGAAGAGCCUGGGGAGGAUGAGGGAGGGGAAGCAGGCGGGAGGGAGCAGGUCAACCCUCUGGAGGCUCUACAGGCCCACUCCUCUGCAUUCCCCCAUCACAGUUUGCUGGAUGCUGGGAGUGGGUCCGGGGCCGGCCCCCAGCUGAUGUUUGCAGGUGACGCCGGGAGGGAGCGGGCUCUCGCCCUUCAGGCUUUGGCUCACCUCGGGCCCCACAGGCUGGCCGGCUUCCCCGAGCUCUUCCUGAGGAGUCUGGAGCUGCAAGUGGGCAGAGAGGCGGAGGGAGAAGAUCCAGGAGGAACCCCCUCACCCGCCGCACAGCGCGACCGAUGGGCUGACGAAGUUGAAGAGGAAAUUGGAGAAGAGGAAGCGGAAGAAGAAGAAUAGGGAAAAGAAAGCGUGUGCGUGUGUGUGUGUGUGUGUGUGUGUGUGUGUGUGCGUGUGUGUGCGUGUGUGUGUGUGUGUUUGUGGUAAAGCAUCCACAGUAAAACAAAUCUCACUCAGGUGAUUGGACUAAUGACCUGCUGCUCCGAUAUAGAGAGCACUUAAAUAAUAACAACUAAAUGAUGUUAAAAUUAAAAAAAAUGGAAAACGGGUUUUCUUAGUUAUUUUUAAUUGUUUCUCUUCUGGCUCUUGGCAUUUUUAUUUUCAUUUGUCUUCUUCUUUAUGUGUUUCACUUUGAUUCUAUUUUUCUAGCUGAACAUGCCUCUGCUGCGUGCGGUGACUGGGAUGCUUUUCACUAUGCAAACUAAAAUCAAGGGAUAUUUAAAGAUGUUUAUUUUAGUUACAAUAUAAAUGUAUUGAUUCAGGUGCAAUUCAGAAGUCACGUCACCUAGAGAUCACGAGUUUGUAUGCUCACUGUCCUCUGGUGGUAAUCAGUGGAAAUGCAGUCAAAUUAAUCAAACGGUUCGGUACAUUGUAAGCAAUAAUUUUCGGUCUGUCUUUUCUUGUUUGUGGUAAUCUAUGCUUUGAUUUGAUUUGGUGCUUGAACCAAAGAUUUUUAGUUGAACUGUUUUCUUUACAGGAGACAUGUGAAUUGUAGCCAAUGUUGGGUUUGAAGAGAAGACUCUUCCCAACUCUUUUGAAAGCCAUGAGAAAAGAUUUGCUUCCAUGUUUGAGUGUGUCAGAGCCGUAGAGCUCUGUGUUAAAUGCCUGACCAAAAGAGACAAAGUCUGGUUCAAAGAGUUCCUUUUGAUUAUUUUGAAGACGAUUCUUCUUUUUCCAGAGGCCGUGGAUUUCAGUCUUCCAAUGCACUCAUUUGGUUUCCUUGUUGGGGCAAAAAGAAGAUUGAGAUGGCAUUCCCUUUUUCUGUACUUAUUUAUUUAUUGUUAUUUAUUAUGGAUCUUCUGCUGACACUUUUAAGUGAGACCAAAUUCAAGUGUGGCACCCAGAACACAAAGUCUUACAAGAAGAUGCAUUGCGCUUAAGAUUUUGAACCAACAUCUCCAUAUAAUUUAACGCCUUUUUUAUGGGCUGCGUGUCUUCUUUUGGCAAAUCUUCCUCGAAUGCAUUCUUUGCACAUUAAACCCCGUCAGGUACUGCAAUAAUACACAUUCCAUCCUCCGGGGGAGAGAGAGAAGGGAACAGAGGUUCAAACCUUCCAUGUAACUGGAACACAAAAUAACUUUGCUUUUUGACAUUUUGUUGUUUGUGUAACAUGUAUAGUACUGUAUCACAUGUUGACAUGGCAGUUCUUACAGAUCGGCCUCCGCUGUGUGUAAUGGGGCCAUUAUCCUUUGAGUUAAACUAUCUUCGACCAAAAAACCCUUUUUAGUUUCUUCAUGCUUCCCCUGGACCAGUACAUUCAGGCCUUUUUGAAAGGUUUAAUGCAAUCAUUAAUAGCUUUAAGCGACGGAAGUCUUUUUGUUUCCAAUUCUCUCCAUGUAGUCAGAACCUGUGCUGUUCUGGCCUUGUGUGCACUAUCUGCUCCUUGUGGUGUAGUAAAUCAUUUUUUUAUUUCCAGUUUAUUUGCACUAUGAGAUUUAAGAGCUUUAAGCCUGAUUGUCUGACCUACGAUAUCUUGUCCAUUAACUCACUCGAUACCAUUUAAGAUUGUAAUUGAAAUUUUCUUUAAAACCUGCAUACAUUGAAUAUUCUUCCUCCUGCAUAAUAGUACAGAGUUAUAGUCAAUAUAAUAUAUAUUGGGAUAAAGUUGCCUUAGAUAUAAUUUGUUUUGUGCUGCAACUACUCAGGAAAUCUUGAGCAAUGCACUAAGUGAUUAUAUAAAAUGGGAAGACAUUGUCUGGUGCUGCAGGGUGAUUGACACGCUUCAUGUAAAUGUAAGGCCAGUAGUUUCAAAAUGACAUUUUGUAUUAUUUUAUGGUUGAAAACCUAAUUCAUUUAACCUAUUGUGAGAAAAUAAUCGGGAAAUAAUAGCAAUGUCAGUUAACUACUGGCCUUACUGGAACCAGUCCUACUGGAACGGCAGUAUGACGGUUGGUCCUGUUCGUGAAGGGUGUUGGUGCUCCCUUCAUGUGAAUGAAAGAGGGUUAACUGAUGCCAGCUGUGAAGUGUGCGUUUCUAUGUGAGCUGUUUGUUUUCUCGGCUUCGGUGAAGGGACACGGGGUCUUUAUAGAGACCCCGCUAUCAGGGAUACCUUUUUGUCUUUCAGUCUUUAGUGGAACCUUCUCAUAGAUAUUAAUUCAUUUCCCAUCAUUUGUUUCAGUUUAUGUUAAGAAAAUAAAUAAACAUAUCUAAGCUUGA